AUGGAGUGUGAUCAAGUUCAAGAGGCAGAAGGGGCUUCCGUGGUACCUGAGAGAUUUCCCCUUCAAAAAGCAAUGCCAUCGCCAAAGUGUAUGCAGGAUGGAAGUGCUGCUAUGGCAGAGGAAAUGGAAGAAGUCAACCUGAGUGAUGAUCCCGUUGUUCAGAAAAAUAUUUCCAUCUCCACCUAUUUGUCACCUGAAGAAAGAGGCUGCCUCAUCUCUUUAUUAAGAGAAUAUAGGGAUGUCUUUGCCUGGAGCUAUGAGGAGAUGCCGGGAUUAGACCCGAAUCUGGUGUGUCACACUAUGAAUGUGCAGUUAGGAGCGAAACCAGUGGUGCAGUCAAGAAGAAAUUACCAUCCCAAUGAUGAGCAGCAAAUCAAGCAAGAAGUUGAAAAACUCUUAGCCUCUGGUUUCAUCAAGCCGAUCAAGCACCCUACUUGGCUGGCAAAUAUUGUUCCUGUAAAGAAAAAGAGUGGUCAGAUACGAGUUUGUGUUGACUUCAGGGAUUUGAAUAAAGCAUGUCCAAAAGAUGAAUUCCCGUUGCCAAACAUGGAUGUCCUCAUAGAUUCGACCUCAGGCCAUGGGAUGCUGUCGUUCAUGGAUGGGUUCAGUGGCUAUAACCAAAUUAAAAUGGCUACCAGGGAUGCUGAAAAGACGGCUUUCCGCACACCAUAUGGAAAUUUUUACUAUACAGUCAUGCCAUUUGGCUUGAAGAACGCUAGCGCUACCUAUCAAAGGGCGAUGACGGUAGUAUUCCAUGACAUCAUGGGAAAAGAAGUGGAGGAUUACGUCGACGAUCUGGUGGUGAAAUCUAAGACUAGAAGUGAGCACUGGGGCAUUGAUGUUGAUCCCAGCAAGAUCCGGGCCAUUGCAUCUCAUCCACCACCCUCAAGUCAGAAGGAAUUAAAGAGUUUCUUAGGAAGAUUGUCUUACAUAAGACGCUUCAUACCUGGUUUAGCUGCUGUGAUCCAGGCGUUCACACCUCUGUUGAAAAAAGGGAACAAAUUUACGUGGAACGCUGAAUGCAAGGAGGCUUACUUGAAGGUUCAGCAGCUCAUCACCAAGCUCCCAACCAUGAAAGCACCAACUCCAGGCGUCCCCUUAAAGGUGUAUUUGGCCUCCACCAAUGCAGCGGUAGGAGCAUUAUUAGCACAAGAUGGUGAAGCUGGAGAAGAAUUUCCUAUUUACAAUGUGAGCAAGCUUUUGAGGGGAGCUGAAACACGCUACCCUAAGGCAGAAAGGCUUUGUUUAGCGCUUGUCUAUGCAGCCCAAAGAUUACGUCACUAUUUUUUGGCCCACAAGCUUCAACUUAUGGUGAAGACUGAUUUGGUCAGAUAUUUACUGACGAAACCAAUGCUAUCAGGGCGGUUAGCAAGAUGGCUGCUCCAGUUGUCUGAGUUCAACAUUGUAUGUACGACACCAAGGCCUAUCAAGGGACAAGCCGUGAUCGACAUGAUCACCCUCUUCCCAGAAGAAGAAGGAUUUGAUGUUUCUCAUGACAUACUCAGAGAGUUACCUGGAAUGACAGUAGUGGUUGAAGAAGAGGAGCCUUGGACCCUUCACUUCGAUGGGUCAGCCACGGCUAAUGGAGGGGGAGCUGGAGUUGUACUCGUGGAUCCAAAGGGGCAUGCCAAACCCCUUUCGUUUAAACUAAACUUCUCGUGCACUAAUAAUGUGGAAGAGUAUGAAGCUUUUAUUGCUGGGCUUGCAACUGCACAUGAAUUGAGAGUCAAGAGAAUCAGAGUGAUUGGGGAUUCAAACCUAGUCAUUAGUCAAUUGAAGGGAGAUUUUGCAGUGAAAGAAGUAACCUUGGCACCCUAUAGGACUUUGGCAGAAAAGUUAAUUAAGAAGUUUGAGCAGAUAACUCUUGAGCAUAUUCCUGGCAGCACUAACAGAUAUGCAGACGCUUUAGCUACCCUUGGUUCCAAGCUUUCAUUCACAAAGGAGCAACCCAACAUCACUGUAAUCCAAAACAACAAACCAUGUGUAGAAGCUAUGAUUUUCUCAAGCCCAUCAAGUGAGAAAGAUUGGCGGGAAUUUGUCAAGGAUGAGAUGGCUCAGUUGGACAAGGAAGAUAGACUCAGAACACUGGGAGACUAUAGUUUGAUAUUUGGAGAGUUGUACAAGCGUCUUCCAGGAGGAGUAUUAGCCCGCUGUGUAGAUGAAGAAGAAGCUCAGAGGAGACUGCAAGAAGUACAUGAGGCCACUUGUGGGGUUGAGCAGGUGGUCAGCUUAUACCGGAGGUUGCAACGUAGGGGUUAUUACUGGCCAAACAUGAAGAAACAAGCAGUGGAGAUGCAACUCUCAUGUUCUAAGUGCUCCUCAACUUUGUCAGAACAGGAAGGAUUUACGGCAGCAAUUACCGAAGACUGGAGGUCACCAUACUUGGAAUACCUCAUAAGUAAAACACUGCCGGAAGAUCGUAAGCAUGCGUACAAGAUCAAAAAGACGGUGAAAAGGUAUUUUGUGGAUGGGAGCACGCUGUAUAGAAAGGGAUUCAAUGGUGAGCCAUUAAGGUGCCUUGGGACUACUGAAUGUCAACAAGUUCUACAAGAAGUGCAUGCUGGGGAAUGUGGAGAGCAUCAAGGAAGAAAGAAGCUUUACCGGCAGCUGUUAGACUUGGGAUACUACUGGCCUAACAUGCGUGAAGAUGAUUAUAACACGGUCAAGAAGUGUCACACAUGCCAAGCACAUGGAAACUUGAGUCACAAGCCAUCAGCGUUGUUACAAGACAUGAAAACACCUUGGCCAUUUCACACUUGGUGGUUGGCCUUGGUAGGAACCAUUCACCCACCUUCUGGGGGCUUCAUAUGGAUUCUCACAGCAACUGAGUCUUUCACCAAAUUUGGUAUUCCUUACAAAAUUGUGUCUGACAAUGGAACACCCUUCGUCAAUCAAGAAGUAAGCAAGACACUCAAGGGAUACGGAAUCAAGCACAUGAGAUCAACACCUUAUUAUCCUCAAGGAAACGGCCAAGCUGAAGCUACAAACAAGACGCUCGUCAGGAUCUUAAGUAAGAUGGUACAUGAAUACAAGGGAGGAUGGAGCACUCAUCUACCGGAUGCCUUAUGGGCUUAUCGCACCUCACCUAGGAGCGCCACCGGGUUUUCCCCAUAUUCCUUGGUUUAUGGGUCCGAAGCAGUUUUACCAGUGGAGCUUAUCAUCCCGACGGCUAGAGUGCUAGCUGUUAACGAUCUAGAGUGGGAUGAUGAAUCUUGUACUAAGUGGAGAACGAUGGACCUUGAAGCAGCAGAUGAGAGGCGAAGACAAGCAGAAGCAAGGGCAGAAGCGUAUCGGCAAAGAGUGACUAAAGCUUAG